CUCAAUCACAUCCUAUUUAGUGUUAGAGACAGGCCCGUGAAGUGGACCAUAUCCUAAUUAGAAGCCCAUGAACUCAAUCACAUCCUAAUUAGAACCCUGUGAACUCAAUCAAAUCCUUAUUAGUGUUGAUUCUGUACCUCCACUUACAAAAGAUUUUUAAUAUGCAUCUCGGGUACGAGUUAAUACUAGGCCUUUAGUAAAAACGAAAGUAAAUUGUAUGACGUAUGCAAUUUGUGUGUGUUUGAGUUCACGGAACUUCCGAUUGUAUCAGUUCACGGGCUUAUAGACCCUGCCCGAUAAAAUCGGCUGUAGUCCACAACGGCAACUUGGAAAACAUGCAAGCUUCUGUAAAGUUGGAGAACUUGUUUCAAAAGAAAACAUGCGUCGUUGUGUGUGGAGCUAGUCGUGGUUUAGGAGAAUGUAUUUCUGUGACAUUUGCAAGAAAAUUCUCUGCAGGUUCAGUGUUUAUUUUGCUGUCACGAGAUGGAAAUGCUUUAGGCAAUGUAAAGUCGAAGAUCAAUGUGGAAUGUCCAGACCAAGUCUGUGUUACAAGGGAAUUCGACCAAGGCAACAUACAGCAGAAAAAUUUUGAUUCUGUAUUUCAAGAAAUAUUCCACACCAACAGUAUUUGCAUUGCUGGUUUUGAACAAGCUGUGAUGGUCCAUUCAGCAGGCACUUUAGGGGACAUCACUAAGUACAGUAAAGAAUUGGUAGAUGCUGAAACAGUUCGACGCAACUUUGAUGUCAAUGUGACUGGUGCAAUAUUAAUGAACUCUGCUUUCCUGAGAGCUUUUGAUGAAACUUCACAAAGAGUGGUCAUCAACAUUUCAUCUCUAGCAGCAUUACAGCCCUUCAGUUCAUGGAGUCUUUAUUGUUCAAGUAAAGCAGCAAGAGACAUGUUUUUCAGAACCCUUGCAGUUGAAGAUCCAAACAUAAGGGUCCUCAACUACGCCCCUGGUCCAUGUGAUACAGACAUGGGGAAAGAUUGUCGAGAGAAAACAAAAGCACCUGAAGUAAAAAAGUUUUUUGCUGAUGCAUUCGAGUCAGGAAAAAUCCUCUCGUGUCAGGCCUCUAUAGAUAAACUUUGUGAAGUUCUACUGACCAACUUUGAGUCAGGGGCACACAUUGAUUACUAUGACAAAAUAAACUGAAGCUAAUGAAAAAUCUUUAUCGUGUUUAUAGAAUUCAUGAAGAGACAUAUUAACUGGAGAAGUGUGGCAUAUUUUUUGGUUUACAAUUUACCAUUAGUUCAACUUGACCUUCAUCUCCAUUGAGCUUUUCUGAUCAAAGUAUAAAGGUCAUCUGUUGAAUGGGAACUUCCCACAUGAUCCACUUCUUCAGAAUCAGUGGUCCAUUUUCAUCCAGACAUACAUCAAAGUAUCUGCCUGUCAAGAGUCAAAGUAUCUGCCUGUCAAGAGAAUUCACCUGGACUAUAAGGAAGGGGGACAACCAGUCUCCAUGGCAAAUCAUAUUUAGAAGUAGAAACAAAUAAAGAUCUUUUGUAUGAAAAUAUUCUCCUAAAGAUUCCCUGGCCAAAAAUAAAAAAACCCAAAGUGAUGGCUUGAACCUUAUUUGUGUAAUUCAGUUCAAAUUGUGGUUCCUGGGGCUAAGUUGUAUGCAUGCAAGAAAGUGGUUCCAGACCAGGAUGGGGAAAACAAUGGAUAUAAUUCAUGUAUUAGGUAUGAUAUAUGUUAGAAUUCAUGUGCAUAAAAAUCUCAUCAUUAGAAGAAAAAGAAAAGGGCAAGCACACCGAUGUAUUAGAAUUAUUAGUUCAGGGCAAGGAGGUGAUUAUUGUGGGGCGUAGAAUUUUAUUAUUGACUUGGAUGAAUAUUUACAAAAAGAAGUAAAAAAUCUAAAGAUUCGUUAGAAUGAUAUGGAUAGGAUCACAAUUGAGAGCUUUAAAGAUCUCAUAUUUACAUACAUGUAUUAGGACUAUAAACAUGAGCUUUGUUUUCAUUACAUGUACAGUUUGAUUUUCAUUACUUUCUCUGUUGGUAUAAAACUACAGUGAAUGUACCUUUACCAUGGUAUUUGUUGAAUGAAAACCUGAAAAUGGAUUUAGCCCAAAAAAAUGGAAAUAAGCAGGAUUGAGCAAAUUUAUAGCUGUAUACAUUAUAUACCAGUUAUUGCGGGGAAUAUACAUGUAUUUGGAAAUUUUGAAAGAUUUUUCUCAUUAAUAACAAUGUGAUGGUUGCUCAAAAUAGAUAUCCUGGUAGCUAUAUGUAGUAUGAAAAGGUGAAGAUAACAAACAGUGAUCAAUCUCGUAAUUCCUAUAAGGAAUACAAAAUUAAGAAUAGGGCAAACACAGACCUCUGGAUAUACCAGAGGUAGAUCAGGUGCCUAGGAGAAGUAAACAUCCCUUCUCGACCGGUCACACCCAUCAUGAACCAUAUAUCUUGAUCUUGUAAAUGAAGUAAUCCGUAGUGAAAAUUGGUGUAUAAAGAACAGCCUAACAAUAAGUAUGAAACAUAUCAGACAGCAUUUGACCCAAUGACAGGUUGUAUUACCAAAAUAGAUUUAUCGGAUGAUGACCAUAGAAUUUGCAAAAUGAAAACUUUAGAUGAUACUAUUGAAGCCUUUGUAAAAUGAAUUUGUGUUUCAGUAGCCUGCCUUGAUUUAAAAACUUAUGCAGAACAAGCAAAAUCUGUUGAGAGAUAUAAACACCAUAUGUAGGUGAUAAUGAAAUAUUGCUACGUGAAUAUGGGAAGUUCACGAUGGAGAAGCUGAAAUCAUCCCGUUUGUCAUUAUAAAGUUGAGUUUAGAUUAUUCAGAUUUAUUUGAAUAUUGACCUCCAGUUCAGCAGUGUGAAGCACUGUUAGGGCUAUGGGACUCAGGUGAGCAUUGAGGUCCUUUGUGAUGGAUAUUGCAGUUUAAUGUUCUUGAUGUGUAUGUUUUUGAUAAGAACUAGUCCGUAUUUAAAUCUUUGAAUUUGAAUGUCUCAGCAUUCCAUUAUGUAGAUCUGUCAUAUUGUGUUUGAUUUUGUUAUUGGAUGUACAUGUAUGUGGUAUACAGUAUUAAAAUUUUUUUGUUCA